CCUAAUCAGUUUGUUGUGAACCUGAAUGACAGCUGUGGUGUGUCUGCCUCGAGGCAUGUUAAGAUAGAUCUGAAUAAUGUGGCAGUAUCAAAGCAUCAGAACUUUUUGUUAACGCCUCCGCCCCUUGAGAGGGCUGAUGGCAGGCUUAAUGCCCAGCACCCGCCACAGACAGCAGAAGAUAAUAAAGCUGUCACAAAAGUUUCCAGUAAGCUGGACAGCCUGAGGGCAGUGGAGGAAAUGUUGCAGCAAACUUUGUCCAAAGAAUCUGGAGCCAGAAGUAGACUCUUUGACGAAAGAGAGGCCAGCAAAGACAGAUGCCCCUCUGAGAAAGGGCAGCAUUCAGUCAUUGGUUCCCGACAGC